AUGCGUCCCCAAAGCCCCUGGGCCGCCGGCCCGGCAGCUCUGCUGCUCCUCGCGGGUAUCCUCGGCUCCGAGGCGCUGCAGACCCGGGGGAGGAAGAAGGUGGUUCAUGUCAUGGAGGGUGACAGCGGUGCCGUGGUGGUGCAGACGGCUCCGGGCAAGGUGGUGACUCACCGGGGCGGGACCAUCAUCCUCCCCUGCCGCUACCACUACGACGUGUCCGCGCACGACCCGGCCGAGAUCCGCCUCAAGUGGACCAAAGUGACGGAGCCCAUGGCGUUCGUGGACGUGUUCGUGGCGCUGGGCGAGGCCCGGCGGGCGUUCGGGCCCUACCGCGGGCGCACGGCCCUGCAGGAGGACGGGGCGGGCGACGCCUCCCUCAUCAUCCGCAACGUGACCCUGCAGGACUACGGGCGCUACGAGUGCGAGGUCACCAACGAGCUCGAGGACGACACCGGCGUGGUCAAGCUGGACCUCGAAGGCGUCAUCUUCCCGUACCACCCUCGCCUGGGCCGCUACACCCUCAACUUCCACGAGGCUCAGCAGGCGUGCCUGGAGCAGGACGGGAUCCUGGCGUCCCACGACCAGCUGCACCAGGCCUGGCUGGAGGGCAUGGACUGGUGCAACGCGGGCUGGCUGGAGGACGGCUCGGUGCAAUACCCCAUCUCCCGGCCGCGGGAGGAGUGCGGCCGCAAGGACACGCCCGUGGGCGUGCGGAACUACGGCUACCGGCACAAGGAGAGCGAGCACUACGACGCCUUCUGCUUCACCUCCAACCUCAACGGCAAAGUUUACUUCCUGAAGACGUUCCGCAAGCUGAGCUACCCGGAGGCGGUGCAGGCCUGCAAGAACAACGGCGCGGCCGUGGCCAAGGUGGGGCAGCUCUACGCGGCCUGGAAGCUGCAGCUGCUGGACCGCUGCGAGGCGGGCUGGCUGGAGGACGGCAGCAUCCGCUACCCCAUCGUCAACCCCCGCGCCCGCUGCGGCGGCCGCGAGCCCGGCGUGCGGAACCUGGGCUUCCCCGACAAGAAGUACAAGCUCUUCGGCGUCUACUGCUUCAAAAAGGCCGGAGAGGCACCCCCGGAGAAGGCGGCGGCGGUGGGAGGGGGGGGGCACCCCAACCGCGUGUGAGGGAGCAUCUCCCCAGGUUUGGCCGGGGAACGCUUAACACCCCCCCC